AUGGGCUCCUCACAGUCAUACACACAGCUACAGCUGUCCGGAUCCACAGCACCAUCAACGAGCCUUCUCUCCCUCCCCAACGAGCUUCUUCUCAUAAUAUCAACCCACCUCGACCGUGCUAGCCAUGUCCACAGCUUGAUACUGAUAAAUCGACGUCUUAACCACCUUUUAACCCCCACCCUCCACACAUACGCUCACCUCCCAGUAUCAAUAUCACCAAAAGAAACCCUUACAUCUCUCCAAUGGGCUUCUAUGAACGGGCACAUACCGCUCAUACGUCUCCUACUCUCACACCCCAACAAUGCAGACAUCAAUACAGUUGCAACCCACACACGCAAUCGUCCAUCCCCUUCAUGUACCACAGCACUCCACCAUGCGAUCGCUCGUGGUGACGAGGAGAUCGUGCGGCUUCUACUGGACGCAGGUGCCAAGUGUGACAUCCAAGAUGCCUUUGGUGAUACAGCAGUUCAUGCCGCAGUGACUCGGGCAAAUAGUCUUGCGGGAAAGCGGAAACUUGCUUGGCUACCACUGCCAUUCCGCAGCUGGGAAACAGAAACACGGUUUCUUAAUUUCCUGCUUGGGUAUGACCCCCCAUUAGAUAUUGGAAACAAUAAAGGCGAUACACCGCUGCAUAUCGCUGUUUCUGGGGCAGCUCCCUGUGCCGCAACAGUGGCGGGAAUGCUGCUGGAUAACGGGGCGCAGGUAAACGUGAGAAACGGGUGGAAGUAUACGCCACUGCAUGUGGCGGCAAUGGCGGGAGUUAUUGAGGUUGUUGAGGUAUUAAUGCGGGGCGGGGCGGAUGUCGAUGCAGACGGAGAGUGGUGUCUUACACCGGGGAAGCUGGCGGAGGCGAGAGGUUUGACUGGUGUUGUACGAGUAUUGGGGAGGGGAAAGGGUAUUAAAGGCGUUUUGAAGGGAUAG